AAAUUGUAAUUAGUGAUGCUCUUGGAGUUAAUUCUGAUGGAAAGCCAUUAGCUGCUGAUUAUCAUGAUCAAAAUGACGUUCCAAGUGAAAAUGAUUAUUCUAUUUCUUUAAGAAUUCAAUUAGGAGAUUUUGUUUAUUCUACUUCUGGUGAUUUAGAUGGACAAGACAAUAGUUCUAGAUUUGGUUAUCUUUAUCAUAAUGUAGAAUCUUCAUAUAAAGAUGUUGUUGGAGAAGUAGAUUUAUAUAAGGCUAAUCAUCAUGGAUCAGAACAUUCUAAUAAUGCUGAAUGGUUAGGAGUUCUUAAACCAACAGUUUCAUUAAUUUCAUGUGGUCAUGGUAAUCUUUAUAAACAUCCAACUGAACCAGCUGUUUCUUUAAUGAAUAAAUAUUCAAAGAAGAUUUAUCUAACUGAAGAUUGUAAUGCUGCAGUUACUGAUAAAUUUGAUAAAAUUGUAAUUGUUGGAAAUGAAAUAAUUGUUCAUUACCCAGUAGAUGGAUCUACAUUUACUGUUACUGACCUUAAUAACACUUUCAAACAUUCAUAUAAUGUGAAGAAAAAUAAACCACAAAAAAAGCGUUGAAACAAUAAAUUGCUCAAAGAUGAAGAAUAAUAUAUCUUAUUUUUAUUUUCUUCAGAAAAGAAGAAUGUAAAUCAGAAAUAAACAAACGUCAAUACAAAAAACAGUCAUUGAAUUAUUAUGGUUU